AUGAUAACAAUACCCCAGCAGCCUCUGCCUGCCGUGCGUGUGUGUAUGCGCUCGCCCCGUGCCUGCCUGCCUCCCUGCCUGCUGCUGGCAGCUCCCCCUCCGCCUCCCGUCGCACCCUGUCGGCCGCACGGCCAAUGGGAACGGCACGGCAAGGCCGGGGAUUGCCGCCGCCUGCGAAUAGUGCUGCCGCUCCUCGGUCCCCAGAGAGCCGGCGCUGGGGGCAGCGAGGCAGCGGGCAACGCCAAUUCACCCUGCAAUCCAACAGCUGGGGCGGGGGGGGAUAAAUUCCAACCCACCAACUUGGCGUACUGCCGUUGCUUGGGGGGCGAAGAGAGAGCUUGCGGGGGAAGGACGGACCCGUCCCCACUGUGCUGGGUAGGGGAUGGUCGACGCAGCGAGGAGCUGCGGGGGCGCCAGCGGUGCCAGCCCGGGGGCUGUGGGACGCCCCUGCCACCACCCGGGUGCGGGCGGCUCAGCAAGUUUCGCUCAACUGUUACCGCUGAGCAGGUUAGCUUCGCCGCCCCCCCGCCCCCGCUGUGGAUUUGGUGUAUUUUUUGUUGGUGUGUGUGGUUUUUGGUUUUUUUUUUUCUUUCUUUUUACCCUAACUACCUGCUUGAAUUUUACCACCCAAUGUUUUCAAAAGAUUGGCCGGGGCUGCAAUUCGCGGGUCCAAAAAUGUCAGCAUGCAUAACGGAAUGGGGAGUGUUGCUGAGUGAACAGUUACAGAAGCAAGUAUCAGUGCUGGGUCAUUUGCAGAGCUGGCAAGGAUUUUCUCUCGCCUACAGGUCACUGAGCAAAGUUGUUUUGUGUCCAUGCAUCAGAGCUUCCAUCCUGGGACAUAAUAAGGGGAGGAUUUGUAGGCGUUGGCCCCUAGACAAUCUUGUGAAGUGUAGAUUCAAAAUGGUGCGUAAUUUAUUUUAAAGCAUCUUACUUUACACUUGAACUUGCAAGAAAAAUACUCUCUGCUUCCCCCCGCCCCCUUAGAAAACAACGCAAAACGCCAUGCUUAUGUUUUGAAAGGAAACAGGGGGUUUGCUUUUAUGUUUUGUCGGGGAUAGGCGGGGUAAGCACAUGCUUGUACAAUACUGAUGUUAUUAGCUUCGAAAUUGAAAAUACCGGUCGCUUAGGAGCUGCGAUGCAGCUGUUUACCCAAGCCGGGGGAGAGGGAAGAAAGGCCAGGAACGGCGGGGGAGAUGCGGGUCGGCCGGAGCCGCCUACGCGGGGCCGGGCAGCGCGGACAGCCAGGCACCACCUGCAGCCAGGCACCACCUGCAAGCGUUAAAAGCCAAACGAGAGGCACCCGAGGAGAGCGACCCGAAGUAGAAAAACACACAGCCCUCCUCCCUCCGUGCCCUCUGUAAAGUUGUAGCCCGUGAAAUUGUGCCGAAGCCAACAGUUGUGAAGAGCGCUGAACGAUGGAAACGAUGCCUGGCAAUGAGUUUCUGGAUUAAAAUUUAGCCUAGGACUGAGGAGAAGUAAGCGAGGAGGGUACGGCUGGUGUUUAUAUGCUGUUACAAGGAAGAGUUUCCCGGGUUUUCACCUGAUGGAGCAUGUGCUCGGUCUCUUUAGCAAUUCUAAUGUUUUCUUGGAUUUGCUUAUGAAACGGAUUUCAUUCAGCAUCACUGCCCAGUGCCUGCAAGCUGUUUGGCUUGGAGACUUCCUGUUGAAAAUCAAGAUAGAGAAGACGACCACCUGAUCAGCUUACACUUCUGUUCAGUUGGAUAUCUUCAAAAACAACAACAACAAAAUCUUUUCCAGAACAAGUCCUUAUUUGAGUAGUGUGAUAAAGGGCUGAAGGGAUGAUGACUUGUAACAAUGGCCUAUGAUAAUUUCUAAUCACCACAAAAGAAAGUUUUAAAAUUUCAUAGAACUGCUUCAUACCAAAUAGGCCAGUAGAAACAGAUGGACUUGCCUCUUAAAAAGCUAGCUUCAGUAUAUAUUUUAUUUUUUUUAAUUUGCUGAUAAUUCACUCAUUUGAUGUGAAAUGCUUCCUUUUUCUUGGUUGGCUUUCCAAUGAAAUCAAGUAAACAUUUUAUUGUCUUGGGAUCAGAAAUCUCACUUUCUUCUGGCUCAUGCAGUCUGUAGAGUCCCAGAUUCCUUCCUUAGCCAUAGACAGAAUUCACUGUCUUGAAUGAACCUGCUGACUGCUUUGAAAAUGUAUCUAUAUAACACCUACAAAAAAGACAUUCUGGAAACUUCUGGAAGGCCAAUCUUAUUAAUCCUGACUUCUGGGUAAUAAAAAUUAAGAUACUGGAACCCUAACUGUUUAUGGUAAACCAGCACAGGUAAUAAUUUGCUUUAAUGAAAUUGUAAGAGCUGUCAUGUGGUUUGCCACUUCCAUUAUUAAAUAGAAUUUUUAACACCUAUAGUUAGAUUUGCCUAAUAUUUUAAAUCCCCAAAUCAUAUUUUCAUUUACUGUAAUAUUUCCCUUUUUUUUUAGUUAAGAAGAUUGGA